AUGGCGUUCACCUAUGGGUUCAACAAGAACAUCCUGCAGGGUGUGCAGGCGCUUCGGACCCGCAAGCGCAACGCGAUGUUCUACGUCUCGGGCCACACCGGAGUCAUCCACGACCUCGACACCAACCAGCAGCAGCUGCUUCAGGGCCACUGCAACCCAAUCACGGCGGCGUGCGUGUCUAAGGACGCCAAGUGGAUCGUGACGUCCGACACAGGGCUCGAUUCGAUGGUGAUUGUUUGGGAGGCCGCAAGCGGGACGCCGGUCAAGACCAUCUUCCAGUCGCAGAUGGAUGCGCUGACUGGGUUUGCCAACUCGGGCGUGGUUGCGCUCGGACUCUCGCACGGUGCACGGUUCCUAGCGACGCUGUCGUCGACGUCGCCGCAGAUGCUGGCGCUUUGGGACUGGGCGGCACUGCCGGGGCCGGACGAGGUGGGCGCGGACGACGCGGUGCCGUUUGCGCCACUGGUCUUUGCGCAUGUGCCGACCACCGACCUCCAGCUCUCGGUGGCGUUCAACGAGUACGUCAAGGGCCAUGAAGGGACGAGCCUGGUCACCAACGGUGACUCGCGGGUGGUGUUCUGGCACUGGUCGCCGGACGAGCGAGUGUCGACGACCGCCGGCGAAGACGGCGGUGACGACGGCGACAGUGGCGGCGGCCUUGUCUCGCAGCACAAGCUCCACUUUUACGCCCCGCCCAUUGUGGCGUCCGAGUUUAAGCACGCCAUGGGCGCGUUUACACUCUCGAUCUUCCUCCCACAUGGCGAGCAGGCGCUGACGGCGACGGUCGACGGCGACGUCAUCCUCUGGGACCGCGGCCUCCCCGAGGAGGGCCUCAAGCCGACAGACAAGAAGGCGGUCAAGGCAUUGCAGCUGCACUCUGACGUCGCCAUCAACGUCAUCAUUGCCACCAAGGAUCACAUCGUUACCGGCGGCGAGGACGGCAUGGUCCGGUUCUACGACUACUCGUUCCACCUUGUGGCCUGGUUCGAGGAGCUGCACGCCGGGCCGGUGACCUCGCUCUCGUUCAUGCCUGAACUCGCGCCGCUGGGCGAGGGCGGCGACGAGGGCGCCGGGUGGCGGCCGGGCUCGGUGCCGGCACCGCCGCGGCGGGCGCUUGUCGGCGCCCACAAGAGCGUGGGCGAGGCACUUGACGAGGAGCUCAAGGCCGCUGACUUUCUGGUUGGCACCGCCGACGGCUUGGUUCUCCAGGUCCACGCGUCCAAGUUUGGCCAGCUCGGCGUGAUGCCCGAGGACCAGUCGACGGUCCUCAUUGAGGCACACAACGACGCGGUGCUUGCGCUGGCGACGAGCCCCGCGGCGCCGCUGCUGGCCAUCACUGGUGCCUCGUCGCUGCUGCAGGUCUUUGACUACGAGGCCAAAGCGCUGGUCGUCUCGCGGGUCAUCGACGAGGACCCCAACUGGGUGGCCAAGAUGGAGGCUGCCGAAGCCGAGGCCGGGCCUGGCGGCGAUCUUGGUGAGAUUGAGGGUGCUGAGCCGCCCGGCGCGCAUCUUCAGGCGGUGGUGUACGACCCGACCGGCCUGUUUCUGGUUGUCGGCUCGGCGACCGGGGCGGUCAACGUGCUCGACGGGGCGACGCUUGCGCUCACACCCAAGGGCCACUUUACCACCUCCAAGGGCGCGGUUCUCCACCUCGCCUUCUCCGAGUGCUCCACAUAUCUGGCGGCCGCCGACGCCGACAACUGCGUUGCGAUUUUCCGCGCGACGGAAGCAACCCAGGCGACCCUCUCCAAGGCCAAAACCAACUCCAAGGUUUAUGCAGCGGCGGUGGCGGCAGCGGCGGCCUCAGCGGCGAGCGAGGCGGCGGACCUUGUGGCGUCGACAACGGCUGUCGGUGGUAGUGGCAGCGGCGGGAUUUUUGUCUCGUCGUCGGCAGGCGUGCUUGCGGCGGCAGCGGGCAUCGAGCGGCCAGAGCUGCCGCCGGUCUCGGAAGUCGAGGCGGCGUACGAGUAUGUGGGCCGGUUCCGGUCACACUAUGCGCAGAUUGUGGGCCUCGCGUUUGGGGUGGGCAAGGACGACGCGCCGCGGCUCAUUUCACUCGGUGCAGAUCGGCACCUUGUCGAGUACGACCUGGCCAACUCGAGCGUGACCGGCGGCGUGGCGAUUCUGGCGGCGACCAAGAUCGAGGAGACGGCGGUGCCGACGGCGCUCUGGUGGCACCACAACAACUCGUAUGUGGUUGCAGACUCAGAGUACAAGUUCAAGGUGCUGACGAGCGAGCGCCAGCCUGCAGUGCGAUCGACGUACCUGGCGCCGACGUACGGGCUGCCUGUCAACGCGCUCGCGCCGCUGCCGUCGCGGUCGGGGCUUCCGCGGUACGCGGCGUACGCGACGCCGGAAAAGGUCAUCGGCCUGCUCAAGUUGCCGCUGGACGGCAACCCGAACAAGGCGAUGGGUCUCAUUGCGCAGCCCGGCGCGGUGACAGCACUGGCAGUGUCGUCAGACGGCAAGUAUGUGUUCUCUGCCGGCGGCGACGACCUGGCGGUCAACCAAUGGGGCGUGCACACCGAGGCGCUCGACGUGCAGGCAGCGCUCGGCGGCGAGGGUGUGGACCCAUAUGCAGCUCUAAUCGAGGGCGGAAAGGACGGCCCGUUCUACGAGGACAUCAAGGACUACUUUUACUAUGCCCAGAUCCUGACGCAGGGUGAGAACACCACCGAGGAGCGCGACGUCGACAACCAUGUCCACGUCGACCGUUUGCCAGACAUCAUGCGGGCACUCGGCUUUUAUCCAACCGAGCACCAGGUCGACAACAUGAUCAACCAGGUCAAGUACUCGCAGUGGGACGUGACGCAGCGAAUCCGGACGCACCUUGACUUUGAGGAGCUCAUCAUGAUCUACGUCAACCAUCGGCCGGUCUUCAACGUCGGUCAUGCGCAGAUUGCUGCCGCGUUUGACGCGCUCGGCGCGGAGCAGGUGACCGGCCUCCUCCAGCGCGAGCGGCUGUUCACCUUUUUGCAAUCGCGCGGCGAGGCCAUGAACGAGCAGGAGCUCCUCGAGUGCCUGGCUGCGCUUGUGGCCGAUCGCGACAUCGAGGAGGUUCUUGGCGCCAACAUGACUGCUGCUGACUUUGCCGAGAGCGUCCUCGGCUUUGAUCCUCCUCUUUGAGUACACACACACGCACACACACACACACACAAACUUAGCUGGG